AUGGAUUGUCAGGCCAUUGCGAAAAGUUUGGAGCACAUGAACCACCUGCAGAAUGUGAAGUACCUGGAAGCGAAUGACCUAACAGAUUUUAACCAAAAGAGCGCGUACUACAUUUGUCAGCAGAUUGCAGAAAAGCAGCAGAAAAAUGAAGGGGGGUAUGUGGUGAUAGGUCUCUCUGGGGGAAAAACUCCCAUUGAUGUGUAUAAAAAUAUGGCCCUAGUUAAGGACAUAAAAAUAGACACGAGCAAAUUGAUAUUUUUCAUAAUAGAUGAAAGGUACAAAAGUUACGAUCACAAGUUUAGCAACUACAACAACAUAAAGUUCCUUUUUGAAAGUUUAAAAAUAAAUGAGGAGGAACAGUUGUACAAGCCAGACACUUCAUUGAACAUCGUGGACUGUGUGAGGGACUACAAUGAGAAGAUAAAAAAUAUGCUAAAAAAAUAUAACAAAGUAGAUAUCGCUAUAUUAGGAAUGGGAAGCGAUUUUCACAUAGCUAGUUUAUUUCCAAAUAUAUUUUUCAAUAUCUAUAUGAACAAUUACCAGAAUAGUUACAUUUACGAUGAAUCCUCUAUCAAGCCGGUAAACAAUAACGACAACUGUGACAAUGAUAAUUUGAACCUACUGAAGGAAUAUGUGUACUUUACAACGACCAACAAUUUCGAUGUGAGGAAAAGAAUUACCGUUUCGUUAAAUCUACUGGGAAGUGCAUCUAGCAAAAUCUUUUUACUAAAUUCUAAGGAAAAGUUGGACCUAUGGAAAAAUAUGCUACUAAAAUCGUAUGUGGAUGUGAAUUAUUCUCUCUACCCCGCUGUGUACCUCAUCGAUAAAAUGAACACCACGGUGGUGACUUGCGGAUAUAAAAACUAUUCACAGAUGUUGGAGGAUAUUUAUGUUUCGCAUAAUUCUCUGUCGGUGCAUUCGUCUAGCCUAAAUAGGAAGGAAUUCCUCACCUUUAUAAUUUUUGGCUGCUCAGGAGAUUUAGCAAAGAAGAAAAUUUACCCCGCCAUUUUUAAACUAUUCUGUAAUAAGCACUUACCGAAGGAUUUCUUAAUUAUCGGAUUUGCGAGAACAGUACAAAGUUUUGAUUCCUUCUUUGAUAAAAUAGUUGGAUACUUGAAGAGGUGCCUGCACAGCUAUGAGGAUUUAUCCCCUGUCCAGAAGAAGGACUUGCUAAAUAGCUUCAAAAAUAAGUGCAGGUAUUACAUUGGGGACUACUCCAGCUCGGAAAGCUUUGAAAAGUUUAACAAGUACUUGACGAAGCUGGAGAGGGAGAACUUCGUCGGCACGUUGACUACCAUGUGGGGGGAUGAUGCGGGGAACGAAUCGCCUGUUAACUAUGCGAAUAGCUUGGAACUCCACUCAGAUGGGUCCAUUCGCGCAAAAGGGAGUGGUAACUCUACCCCUGUGAAAACCAAAGUUGGAGCAACUGGACGGACCACACCCAUGCUGAGGAAACGCUCAAACAUGGGUGACACAUUGGACCAAGUGCAAUCCAGCACGAAGGGCCCAUUCACCAUAAACAGAGUACUGUACCUGGCAUUGCCUCCACAUAUAUUCGUAAGUACCUUAAAAAAUUACAAAAAAAAUUGCCUCAACAAAAAUGGUACAGACAAAAUAUUAUUAGAAAAGCCAUUUGGAAAAGAUUUACAAUCAUUUAAAGUGUUGUCGAAGCAGAUUCUGGAAAAUUUUAACGAAGAGUGUAUAUACAGAAUAGAUCACUACUUGGGUAAAGACAUGGUGUCAGGGUUACUGAAGUUAAAAUUUACCAACACGUUUCUGCUCUCCCUGAUGAAUAGGCACUUCAUCAAAUGUAUAAAGGUUACCCUGAAGGAAACAAAAGGAGUGUACGGUAGGGGACAGUACUUCGACCCCUAUGGGAUCAUCCGUGACGUGAUGCAAAAUCAUAUGCUCCAACUACUAACCUUAAUAACGAUGGAAAAUCCAAUCGACUUAAAUGACGAAUCGGUAAAAAAUGAAAAAAUAAAAAUAUUGAAAUGUAUUCCACCCAUCAAAUUGGAUGAAACGAUAAUUGGACAAUAUGUCAAAUCGGACAACUACCAAGAGGACACAAACUUAUCCAACCCCCUUCCGGAUGAUCAACCUGUUGAUGAGUCGAAAAGGAACCAUAGCUACCAUGACGAUCCCCACAUAGACCCCAACUCCAUUACGCCAACCUUCUGUACUUGCAUUUUAUAUAUCAAUUCAAUAAAUUGGUAUGGAGUGCCCAUUAUAUUCAAAGCAGGAAAAGGACUAAAUAAAGAUGUAUGUGAAAUCCGAAUACAAUUUCAUAACAUCAUGGGAUCCUCCGAUGAAAGUAUGUAUAACAACGAAUUUGUAAUUAUCCUCCAACCUGUUGAAGUUAUCUACUUAAAAAUGAUGGUAAAAAAACCUGGCUGUGAAGAAAUGGAAGAAGUUCAACUAAAUUUAACCCUCAAUGAUAAAAAUAAAAAAAAUUACGUUCCAGAAGCUUAUGAAACAUUGUUACUGGAAUGCUUUAAAGGCUUUAAGAAAAAAUUUAUUUCUGAUGAGGAGCUAUACGAAUCGUGGAGAAUUUUCACUCCUCUUCUGAAUGAACUGCAGGAGAAGCAGGUGCAGCCUUUGAAAUACCCCUUCGGAUCUUCGGGGCCCGACCAGGUGUACGAUCUGGUUAAGAAGUACUACAACUAUGGCCAGAACUACGCCAAUACGCCUGCCUUUGUCCGCAAGUCCUCCUUUUACGAGGAUAACCUGUUGGACAUAAACUGA